AUGGCUGAGAAUCAGAGACUGCUGAACGGAUGCGUCGGGCUAGACUUACAUGAUGCCUUCCGCACCCUUCAUCCGGUGAAAAAGGAGUUUACCUUCUUUUCGAGAUCGGCGAGGGUGAGCUCAAGAAUCGAUCGCGCGCUUGUGUCAGCGUCAAUGCUGGGCUGCAUAGGCGGAGCUUUUCACACCUCUAUCCCGAAGGGAAUCACGGAUCACUGGUUUGCAAUCUCGGUGAAGCUGGCGUCGUCAGAGGGGAACGCGAAAGGUCCCGGCCUGUGGAGGCUACCUGCAAAAAUUGCAAGAAGUCAAGGAGUGAGAAACAUUACACAGGCGAUAACACAACAGCAGGCUGUGGAGGACGACUUUGUCAAAACGCUGAAGAAGCUGAAUGCGGGUCUGAAGGAAUACGCGAAAGGAGAAAGAAGGAGGGUGGCCCGCACUGUCGAACAUCUGGAGGAGAAGGUAGCGGUGCUCAGGCAAGCUUUUAUGAGUGAUGCUGGGAAUCCUGACCUGCAAGAGCAAUUGGCAAGGAGUGAAGCACAACUGAAAGCGUACUGGGACGGGAAGAAUGAUUGGCUGCAGACGCUGGCAGGCAUACAAGGAGAGUUGGAGGGAGAGACGGCGUCCAAGUUUCUCACAGGGACGAUAGCUUCGAGGAGAGCGAAGACAGAGAUCCGAUCGCUUUCGGUGGGAGGGAAAGCAGUAACGGAAGCAAAGGAGAUCUUGCUGGCCGCAUCAGAUUUCUUCCGAGACCUAUUUGGGAAGGCAAAGGAGUCGUCGGGGGAGAAGUGGUUAACUGACAAGAGCAAGCGGCUGGAUGAGAAAGACAGGGAAGUGUUGCAGGCGAAAUGGACGGAAAAAGAAGUUAAAAAGGCGCUAGCUGAGUUGCCCAAGGGGAAAACGCCAGGUCAGGACGGGCUGCCGAGGGAGUUUUUUGAGAGCAAUUGGGACAUUCUGGGGCCUGGACUGAUGCGUUUCAUUCACUCCUUCGAGCAGUCGGCGAAACUCCCGGAAAGCCUCACGACGGCAGUAACGAUCCUGCUGCACAAGAAAGGGGAAAAGGAGAGAUUGGAAAAUUACAGGCCGAUCACGCUCUUGAACACGGUAUACAAGAUUGUGGCGAAGGUGCUGGCGAAUAGGAUGAAAAGAGUUCUACCAAAAGUGAUCUCGGAGGAUCAGCAUGGGUUUGUACCAGGGAGGAAGUUGUCAGAUGCGGUGGCGGCUGUAGCGGAUGUGAUUGAUGCUGCGGUGACGGGAAAGGAGGACUGGUACCUGCUUUUGGUCGAUUUCCAGAAGGCGUACGACUCUGUGUCACGAGACUACCUCUUCAGCACACUGAGGGACAUGGGCUUCCCAGAUACGUUUGUCAGUUGGGCAGAAGGGCUUCACAAUGAAGCGGGUACCAGACUCCUUCUCAAUGGGUGGCUUGGGGAGAGGCUGGGAGUGGAUGUUGGAGUAAGGCAGGGAUGCCCGCUCGCGCCAUAUCUGUUCAUCUGCGAAGUGGAGCCGUUAUGUCAAGAAAUUAAGAAAAGGAAACUAGGGAUCAGGAAACGCGGAAAGGGGGAGCUAGCUUACCUGGGGUAUGCGGACGAUACUACACUGGUGCUGAAAUGGGCUUGCGCAGGUGGAAAAAGCGGGAGAGGUGCUGAAAGAUUUUGGAGAGGUGUCAGGCUUGCGCAUCAACCAAGAGAAGACCGUGUUGAUGCCGCUGGGGAGAAACCGUAA